AUGUCAGUUUUUAAUUCCCUUGAAUAUGAUGAUCUUAUAUCUCGUCAUCGUCAAUCCAGUGAUAUAUUAUGGGCAUUAAAAUACUGGCAUCAUCCAUUAUUUGAUAUUAAAGAACAAUCAAUAAAAUCAACAAAAUUAAUUAAUAAAAAUACUCAAAUAUCAUCAAUUAUAACACCAGUACAUUAUAAAACUUUACCAAGAAAUUCUGAACAAAUUAAAUCCGAUGUUUUAAAUAGUUUAGCAUUAAAAUAUACAAUUGAAACAUUAGAUAAUGAAGCGAAUGGAUAUGAACAAGCAAAAGCUAUUAUUCAUGAAAUGUCUCAUCGUUUAAAUAUACGUAGUGCACGUUUUCUUGCUUUUGUUUUUUCGAAAAUAUUUAAUCAAGUUUAUGAAAAUAUUUAUAUUAAUCGUAGAGGUAUGGAUAAUAUUUAUCAAUUAUAUUCUCUAACACCAAUAAAUACAUCACCAACAAUACCAUCAUCACCAAUAACAAUAUCUUCAACAUUAUUUGCUAUUUUAAAUACAUUUUCACGUUCAUCAUCAUCAAUUAAUUCUGAUACAAAUUUAUCAUCACCAUUAACAACAAAACAUUAUUUAACAUCACCAAGAAUUAUUUAUUUACCAACACAUCGAAGUUAUAUGGAUUUUAUUGUAUUAACAUAUGUUUGUUUUGAAUAUAAUAUUCCAAUGCCAUGUAUUGCUGCUGCACAAGAUUUUCUUGGUCUUGGUUUAUUAGCUAAUUUACUUCGUAAUUGUGGUGCUUUUUUUAUUCGUCGAUCAUUUCGUUCUGAUCAACUUUAUUGGACAAUAUUUGAUGAAUAUGUUAAAACACAUUUAGUACAUGGAGAUUAUCCAUUAGAAUUUUUUAUUGAAGGUGCACGUUCAAGAACAUUAAAAACUUUAUUACCAGUAAGACAAGGAAUGUUAAAAUCAUGUUUAGAAUGUUAUUUUCGACGACAAAUUGAUAAUUUAAUCUUAAUACCAAUUACAAUAAAUUAUGAAAAAGUUUUAGAAGAUAAUUUACAUGCAAAUGAAUUAUUAGGUAUACCAAAACCAAAAGAAUCAAAAAGUGGAUUGCUAAAAGCAACACAAAUAUUAAAAAAAUCAUUUGGAACAAUGAAUAUUCAUUUCAGUGACCCAAUUUAUGUACAUGAUGCUUAUGAAUCAUUUAAAAAACAAGAAGAAAAUAAAUCAAAUAAUCAUUCGGAUACUUUCAAUCGAUCUGUUCCACGUAGUCUUCAACCACGUUUUAUCUGUCAACAAGAUGCAUUUACAGUAUCAGAACAAAAAUUUUCUGAUGAAAUUUCUUAUCGUGUAGUAAAUGAACAACAACGCCGAACGGUGAUUUAUCCAAUAACUAUUGCUGCAUAUUCUUUACUUAAGUCACCAAUAGUUACAACAUCUAAAGAUCGAUCUAUAUUAAUUGAACAAUUAGUGAUAGAUAAAAAUAUAUUAUUUACAGAGAAUACCAAUAUUCUCGAACAUUUUUCUUCUCAAUAUCAAAUCUCAUGGCCAGUUGAAAAUGAUAAGAUUAUUUUAAAAGACCGUCUUUUAUCAAUUUAUUCGGAUGUAUUUGAAAUGACUCGAAAUAAUUUUUUAACAUUAAAAAUGUCUGGUGAUCGUCUAGCUGAUGCAUCUAUUCUUAUGAAACUUAUUAUGUAUCGAAAUACAUGUUUACAUAUAUUUGCUAAACCAGCAUAUAUUCUACUUGCAUGUCAAGUUAAUUCUCAGUUUCCAAUUUCCUACGAACAACUUAAAACUUACUAUCAUUUUUUUGUUCAUUUAUUUGCCUAUGAAUUUGUUUAUGAUCAAUUUCCAAUGGAUAAUAUGAAUGAUAUCUAUUUUGAUAAAUAUCUUUCAUAUUGGAUAACAAUGAAUUAUCUUAUACCUUCGGAUAAUUCAACUUAUCAAAUUAAUUCAAAUUUUCUUCAACAAAUUUCAUUAAUAACAAGUCCAUUCGAACAAUAUGCUCGUGCUUAUUUAUUAAUUUAUGAACAAGAAAAUCUUUCAUCAGAGAAAAAUUUAUCAAUUCUAAUCAAAAUCUAUCAAAAAGCUUUAUUAACAAAACUUGAUCCAAAUAAUAUUAUUAGUAUAUUAGCAUCAUCAUCAAAUGUGAUAAGUAAUGCAUUACGAACAUUAAAUUUUACUACGAAAUCAAAAAUUUUAUCUGAACUUCGUCAUAUGUUAACAAAAAUAUUUCAACCAAAAUCAACUCAUCUCCGUGCUAAGUUAUAA